AUGCGGUUGCAGAGCCCGGCCAGCAGCGCGAUGGAUGGAAGUUUGUCCCCAUUUGGGAGCUUGGCCAGGAGUUCGGGAAGCGCCUCUUCCAGGGUCCACAGCAUAGACGCAAUCUUGGGAUUUACCAAAGAAGAUUCCGUCCUCCAUUCGCCCUUCACUUCCCACAGAAACUCCAGGAAUGUGGAGGAAGCGGGAAAAAGCAACGGCCGGGAUUGUUUCAACCGAAUGUCAAACUUAAAGCAUGACCAGGAGAACUCUGAGACUUUGGAUGAUCACUUCUGUACGAACAGCAGUGGCGAAGGUCUCCGGCCUCCGGACAUUGUCAAAAGCAAGCAACAGGAGAAUAGUGUGAUAAACGCGGACCAACCCAAGAAGAAACACCGGAGGAACCGAACAACAUUCACCACAUACCAACUUCAUGAGCUUGAGAGGGCCUUUGAGAAAUCCCAUUAUCCAGAUGUCUACAGCAGAGAGGAGCUGGCCAUGAAAGUCGACCUACCUGAGGUUCGGGUACAGGUAUGGUUUCAAAACAGAAGAGCCAAGUGGAGGAGGCAAGAGAAAUUGGAAGCCAGUGUAAUGAAACGUCAAGAUUCACCCAUGCUUUCCUUCAACAGAUCGUCACAAACUUCUACCAUGAGCACUCUGAACGGUAACUUGGCACUUGACCCUUGGCUCACUUCACCAAUAUCCAGCUCAUCCACAUUACAAAGCCUUCCAGGUUUCAUGACCACAACACAAGGCCUGCAGAGCAGUUAUACACCUCCACCUUUCUUGAAUUCCUCAGCCAUGAGCCACAGCCUGCAAAGUAUGGGUGCAAUCACUCCCUCAACCUUCCAAUGUGGGACACCUUAUGUGGACAAAUUUCCUUUGGAAGAUGCAGAACAAAGAAACUCCAGUAUAGCUUCCCUAAGAAUGAAAGCCAAAGAACACAUCCAAUUCAUUGGGAAAAGUUGGCAGACAAUCUGA